AUGGGCGGUGGUGGCUACGGCGGUACCAACUCUCGCCGUCUGAACAAUGUAUACGUCAAGGAUCCGCACUGGGGCGGACCUCACUGGUACAGUCUCGAAAACCGCAUCGCCAAAGAGUACCCAAAACUCACGCAAUGGGGCGACCCGGUCUGGGGCACCGCCGAGAGGGGCAUCACGACAUAUCGGCUGUCCUGGAACCGGCAGCGGGCCAUGGGCGGGGCCUUGCACGCCGCCGUCUUCAACACUUGGCGCCGGGCCAAGGCCCAAGUCUUGUUUUGGGCGCCGCCGAUUUUUGGUGCCUACUGGUUGAUGACUUGGGCGAAUGAACAGAAUGCGUGGGUUAAUUCGAAAGAAGGAAGGGCUGCCACGGCGGAAGACGGGGCUGAGGAGUAG